AUGGAAGUACUCAAAUUUGAUGAGCCAGAAACACCUGAGCAGAAAUACAACAGGUUGGCUUGUGAAAUCGAUGAGUUGGCACAACAGCUGAAGGAUGAAACAGUAAAGCCUACCCUCACUGUGAACGAGACUUCUCUUGCUGAUCUUACGGAUGAAUUGAAGUCUGUGAAAGUGUCGAAAUCAUCAGGAGCUGCAGUGCAGCCGAGUGGCAAAGAAGGAACGGCGCCAAACAUAGACAAGUCUUCA